AUGGACAAUGUUGUGGUGGAUUUACGAAUGAAGGCUGGGUGGAACAGCCUGCAGCUGGACUGGACGUUACCAGACAUAUAUCGCAACUGUGUGAGUGAGUAUGUUGUGCAAGUGUGUUCCACGGACUGUCUGGAUAAGGUGACGGUACACGGCAUGACGUACUCUGUCUCCAACCUGAGUGUCUGCACACUGUACUCGGGCUCAGUAGUGGUCAAGCUCCCCGAUACCAGGUUGUCCACCAGGAAUGCCACAGUCUCAUUGCUGACCAGGUCUGCAGAAUCUGAAAAGUCACAACUAUUCUCUGCAGUGAAAAUUACAACAACCACAGUAGAGUUUGAGUGGCAUGAGUCAUUGAAAAUGCCAUCUGCAUGUGCCAAAAAAUUUGUUUUGUCAACUUUGAGCACAAAUGGUUCUAUUAUUUCGAAGCAGAAUCUCAAUUAUAGUCAUAGGAAUUACACUGUCUUAGAUUUAAAGCCAUGCCAAAGCUACUCUUUUGAACUCAAGCUUGUGGAUGAGCAUGGCUCUUCUACAAUUGAUUACAAUGCUGUCAACGUAGUUACAGAAGCUUCAGAUCUUAUGAGUGUCAGCAACCUCGAACUGGACCGAGUAUCCCUUUACUCACUGUACCUAAAGUGGUUCUUGCCAGAAGAGUCGAGUGCGUGUGUGUCAAACUACACGGUGACGUUUCUCACCGCCGACAAUAGUACUAUGGAGACCAUUACACCUAACAAAUAUAUCACCUGGACGGGUGAAAUUCCUAGCCAACCGAAAAAUGUGACAGUGACUGCCAUCUCGAGCUCUGAAGUGCGAGUCCCAAUGGGAUCCUCCAGACCAGAUGAGUGGAAUACUCAACAACUACACUGUUGUACUACAGAACCGCACAUUGAGGUACAAGGUAGCACCAGGCUGCCAGCUGCCAACCCUCCAGCCUCUACAGGUGGUGGUGAACGGAAACUACGAUGA